UCCGCAGUCGAAGCGAGUAGUGCAGUCGUUCUGCGCCUGUUCGCCGUUGUCUCAUUCUGAUCCCGACCCAAACAAAAGCAAAGAAAAAUUCGUAGCGAAAAGUUGCUGAAUCUUAAGGGAAAGCUAGUUCGUUGUCAAAUUUUAAAAUAAACGUUUAAUGUGUAAAAAGCGUCAAAAUGAGGAUAACGAGGCGCUGUUUGAGCGGCAUGACCAAGAUGCUGGAUUUCUAUUCACAGUUCAACCCGUCGCCCCUUUCGAUAAAACAGUUCAUCGAUUUCGGCUUGAGCGCUUGCGAAAGAAAAUCCUUCAUUUUCCUGCGGAAAGAACUGCCCGUCAGACUUGCUAACAUUAUGAAAGAGAUUCAUUUAUUGCCGGAACAUUUGUUGAGAAUGCCAAGCGUCGGUAUCGUUAAUAAUUUGUACAUUAAGUCUUUCGAGGAAAUCAUACAUUUCGAGAAGGCCGAGGUCAAUGAGAUAACACUUGAUAGAUUUUGCGAGGCUCUUGUCAAAAUAAGAAACCGCCAUUCCGACGUCGUCGAAGUUAUGGCCCAGGGCAUACUCGAGCUGAAAGACUCCCACGACGUCGAUCCACAAACUGAGAACAGUAUUCAAUAUUUUUUGGACAGAUUUUUCAUGUCUCGAGUCUCGAUAAGAAUGCUCAUUAAUCAGCACACUCUCCUCUUCGGCGGUGUACUGAACGGGGACAACAGACACGUUGGCUGUAUCGAUCCCUAUUGCGACGUUAUCGGUGUUGUCAAAGACGCUUACGAAAAUGCCCGAUUUCUUUGCGAUCAAUAUUAUCUCGCCAGCCCCGAGCUCAUCGUCAAACAGUACAAUGACCUUGAGGCCGGCAACGAAAUCCGAAUAAUUUACGUUCCGAGUCACUUGUACCACAUGCUGUUCGAGCUUUUCAAAAAUAGCAUGAGAGCUGUCAUGGAACACAUUACUGACGCUGAAAGUUAUCCACCGAUCGAAGUCACCAUCGUACGUGGCAAAGAGGACGUUUGUGUCAAGAUUUCUGAUCGAGGGGGUGGAAUUCCAAGGUCGUUGACCGAUCAUCUUUUCAAGUACAUGUACAGUACUGCACCCCAACCGAGCAAAUCGGAUUCUCACACUGUCCCGUUGGCUGGUUACGGUUAUGGGCUUCCAUUGUCGAGAUUGUACGCGAGAUAUUUCCACGGCGAUCUCGUAGUUCUGAGCUGUGAAGGCUACGGCACCGACGCUGUUAUUUAUCUCAAAGCGCUGUCGAACGAAGCGAACGAAUUGUUGCCGGUUUUCAACAAAACGUCAUCGAAAUUUUAUCGCACUCCCAUGCCAACCGCUGAUUGGAGCAGCCAAUGCGGCGGGGGAAUGGCGACAAGACAAUUGUCAAUGAGUAACAAACAGGGUCACAGGUUACCCCACGGUAUGGAAGUCAGUCACUGCUAGCAAUUGAAAAAAGGCAGAAAAUGAGGAACAUUUGAAGAACAGCGAUGAAAAAGCAAUUUUUUAAUUGUUCCACGGUGAGGCAUCGGUUUUGUUGAAAAUUUUCAAAUUCUCUUACGGAGUUUCACUAUUUUUCCGUAUUAUAUUCUCUCCUGAAGAAUUCAUUUUUUAAAAUCUCGAUUUUUCGGUAAAAUGAAAAGUUUUUUGAAAUUUUUCGACCGAUUUAAGAAGAUUCAAGAUUUUGUUUCCAAAGAUAAAUGAAAAUUUUCAACUCAACAUUUUACCUUGAAAAUUACGAAUCUUUCGUAAGCCCUCGCCUCUCAAAUACGCUGCGUGACUCAACAUAUCCAAAAAAGCCAAUGAAGAAGAGACGAAAGAUUGACAACGUGGCAGUUGAUAUUUUUUUCAAUUUUUCCUUUUUGUUUUUUUCAUUCAUUUCCUGAUUUUGUCUCGAGGACGAUUCCACGAAUGGCGAACUGUGAUGCAUUAUGUUAUUUUAAUCCUACACUUAUUCACAUUUUUUCGUCUCGUUUUACAUUUUUUUAAUAGUCGAUAAAAAUUUUGCGAAGCAAAUAAUCAGAAUGAACCAGCACAAUACACGAAAAUUUCCGGAUGAGAAUUAUUUCCUUGUGUUCGUUUGUGCGAAUCAUUGUUGCAGAAACAAUGUGCAUUUUGUUGUACUCGAUCGUCAAUUUCAAUUUCAAAUUUACGAUUUCAAAUUUUUUUCUUCAUUCACGAGUAUUCUGAUGCUCGCAUCAACGUUCUUUAUGAAAUGUAAAAACAUGUACGUGCUGUGUGUAUAUAUAUAAUGUAUAUCAACGAUGUAAAUUAAUUUAUAUAAUUAUUAGAUCAUAAGGAAAAAUGCAAAUUCAAGCGAAUUCAAAUUAAAAAUAUCUCAAAAGA